ACCUCUGCCAUCUCUUCUCAGCUUAGGGAGAUGGAGGGGUGGAGUCUGCUCCCAAGCCCUGUCCCUUUCCGUUUUCUAAAAGCAAGCUGACAGGCAGUUUUCUGGGAAGUGAAAAGGAGUGUUUACUUUCGGUUUUGACUAGAGUUUUUUGUCUUUUUCUUGUUCUGUAGAUCAAUCUUGAACUUGGAACCAGAAAACUCUCGGAUCUAGGGGCAGAAACCCCUCUGCCAGGAUAACCAUGGGAAUAUUUACAAAUUACAGAUUCUAUUUGAAAGAUGACAGUUUACAAUACAUGCAGAAGAAAUUACUAAGAAACAAUAUUAAAAAAAACAAUGGAAUUGUCUCCUCUACAUUAAACCACAAGUGUACACAUAUAAUUUUAGACAAUGAUGCUACUCUGAGUUCUGAUGAGCUAAGUGCUGUCCAGGAGUAUCACAUCUCCAUCGCAAACAUAGAUUUUUUAUGGGACUGCCUCAAACAAGGAGAACUCUUAAGUAUUGAGAAUUACAAAUGCAAUGAAUCAUCAGGACUCACUCUACUUCCUUUUGAAAGAUCAAGCAGUUCCAGAGUGGACAAGGAUGACUUGCAUAGUACUGCAGAGAAGAAUGAAGAGAUUAUGGAGCAGAAUAAAUUUUGUACAGAAGAUGACGACAUCACAUAUAUUCCUCAAGAUUUUGAAGUUGCAAAGUACAGCAUCCUAGAAAAAAUUAAAUCAGAGGGAGAGAAAGAAGUGGUGGUGGUGGAAUUGCAGUGCUUCCAGGAGCAUCCUGAAUUUUCUUUUCUUGUAUCUUCCAAUCUUUUGCUGGAAGGUGGUAUUAAGACUAGGAGACAUUUAUCUAGAAAGAACACAUCUGAAGAUGCAAGUGAAUACUAUGAAAGUUAUGUUGAAGAAUUGAAGAAACAAGGAUUUCUGGCAUCAGAAAGUUUUCCACCUGAAGCAAACCUACUGGCAUCUGAGAAGUUACAAGCAUUGAUGUUGGAGGAUGUGUUAAAUGGAGAUACUAUAAGUGAAGAAGUGAGUAAUUUAGUGGAGUUGAUUUGGGUAGAAGCUCUUGGUCACCUGGAAAACAUUCUUCUCAAGACAGCAAAUAGCAUCAGCCUAAAUGAUGUAAGCAAAGCUGAGGGUAUUCUACUUCAAGUUAAGGCAGCAUUAAACAAGGGUGAAACCACAGAAGAGUUGAGAAAGAUGAUGUCAGAAUUCUACCGACUUAUACCUCACAGAAAUUCAGAAGAUGAAGUUAACAAAAGACUAUUAUCUAAGAAAGAAGAUCUCUGCCAGCUCAUAAGAGAUGUGAUUAAUGUCAGUGAAGCAAAUCUCUCAAGAUCUAACCCACCUUCUCUUGCCAAAUACCGAGCUCUAAGAUGCAAAAUUGAGCACGUUGAUGAGAAUACUAGAGAAUUUUUCAAAGUUAAAGAAGAAGUAUUACAAAAAAAUUCUGGGAAGAAUCUAGUGGACAUCUUAAACAUAUAUCGAAUUGGCAAAGUUCACGAAACAGUGGAAUUUCAGAGCAAGCUUGGCAAUGUUCAGUCCUUAUUACAUGGAACACCUGGGAGAAAUAUUGUUGGAAUUCUUUCCCGAGGAUUGCUAUUACCCAAAAGAUUGGUUGAAGAUCAUGGAAUAGAAAGAACAGAUUUUGGAAAUCUUGGUAAUGGAAUAUAUUUCAGCGAUUCUCUCAGUACAGGCAAUAAAUAUUCACAACCAAAUAAAACAAAUGGCACUAGAUUCCUAGUUGUUUGUGAUGUUGCCCUUGGAUGCUGCAUAAAUUUGCUUAAGCGAGAUUCAUCAUUAACUGAACCACCACCAGGUUAUGACAGUGUGCAUGGAAUUCGGAGAACAGAACAGAUCAUCUCAGACUUUGAGGAUGAUGAAUUUGUUAUAUAUAAAACCAGUCAAGUUAAAAUGAAAUACCUUGUUAACUUUUGUAUGAGUGGAGACCGAAUAAAGGACUUUUGUCCUUGUGUAAAUUCUGAGUUGGAGGAAAAUAGACCUGAGCUUUUAAAUGAUAAUUCACAACUUAAAGAUUUUGCAUUACCAGAUACCAACCCUUUCAUCAAUAUAAAAGCUGGCCUUCAAGAUCUCUCUGGGAUUCAAGUCCCUCUUGAAGAGAUUCAUAUCAAGGGAAGAAUAAUGGACUUCAUAGCCCAGAUAAUUGUUUUUCAAGCAUAUAACAAUAAGAGUGAUCUGCCUAUUGAAACAAAAUAUGUCUUUCCCUUGGAUGACAAAGCAGCAGUGUGUGGGUUUGAAGCUUUCAUCAAUGGCAAGCAUAUAAUAGCAGAGGUCAAGGAAAAGGAAGAAGCCCAUCAGGAGUACAGAGAAGCCAUCAGUCAAGGCCAUGGAGCUUACUUGAUGGAUCAAGAUAGUCCUGGUGUCUUUACUGUGAGUAUUGGAAACUUACCACCACAGGCCAAAGUUCUUAUCAAAAUUACCUAUAUUACUGAGCUCAGUUUUCAUCAUGGAUGUGCCAACUUCUUCAUGCCUGCUACUGUAGCACCGUGGCAACAGGACAAAGCUUUAAAUGAAAACUUGCAGGAUGCAGUAGAGAAAGUUUAUAUUAAGGAAGUAGGAGUGCAUCAGCAAUUCUCCUUAAAUAUAUCAAUUGAGAUGCCACAUUUAAUUGAGCUAAUUAGCAGUGACACACACCAGCUCAAAAUAAAGAAAACAGACUGCAAAGCUGUAAUCAGUACUUUGGAUAACAGUACCUUAGACAGCAAAGGCUUCUCUCUCCAGAUCCACAUAGGAGAGGUUUACCUCCCAAGAAUGUGGGUUGAAAAGCACCCAAACAAGGAAAGUGAGGCCUGCAUGCUGGUGUUCCAUCCAGAUUUUAGCACUGCACUUCCUGAAAAGGCCUAUACUAAUGAAGUUAUUAUUUGUCUGGAUUGUUCCAAUUCUAUGGAGGGUUCAAUAUUACUGCAAGCAAAGCAAAUUGCCUUACAUGCUCUGUCUCUUGUCCAAGAGAAGCAAAAAGUAAAUAUUAUCAAGUUUGGCACAAGUUACACAGAAUUAUUUUCAUAUCCUAAGUACUCCACAAGCAAUCCUGACCUAACAGAGUUCAUUAUGUCUGCUACACCUACCAUGGGAAAUACUGACUUCUGGAAAACCCUUCGUUUUUUAAACUUACUCUACCCUUCUCAAGGGAUGCGCAGCAUACUUCUUCUGUCUGAUGGGCAUAUUCAGAACAAGAGCCUGACAUUGCAGAUUGUAAAAAGAAAUGUUAGACACACCCGCUUAUUUACAUGUGGCAUUGGGUCCACAGCAAAUCGUCAUAUCCUAAGGACUUUGUCCCAGUACGGUGCUGGAGCAUUUGAAUACUUUAACACAAAAUCUAAAUAUAGUUGGAAAAAACAGAUUGAAGACCAGAUGACAAGAAUAUUUUCUCCAGGAUGCAGCUCUGUGUCUGUUAAAUGGCAACAAUUGAAUUUAAAUUCACCAGAGCCCAUGCAGGCUCCCACACAAAUCCAGGCCUUAUUCAAUAAUGAUAGGCUGCUUGUGUAUGGAUUCAUUCCUCAUUGUACACAGGCUAUCCUAAAUGCUUUAAUUCAAGAGAGGGAAUUUCAGACAAUGGUAUCAACUACUGAACUACAGAAAACAACUGGAACUAUGCUUCACAAGCUAACAGCUAGAGCUAUCAUCAGAGAUUAUGAAGAUGGAAUACUUCAUGAGGAUGAAACAAAACAUGAGAUGAAGAAGCAAAUUUUGAAGUCUCUGAUUAUUAAACUCAGUAAGGAGAACUCUAUUAUAACACAAUUUACAAGUUUUGUGGCAGUUGAGAAAAGGGAUAGCAAUAUAUCAUCGGAUUCUAAUAAUCCAAAUAUUUUGGAACUUAUCACCACAGAAGACAUAGAUUUUCUACCAUACAUGGAUUGGGAGGUGGAGCAGCUAGAGAAUAUAAUGAUGAAGGUUCAACAGAAAUAUCACAGAAGAAUGAAGCUGAAAAAUAUUAAAGAUAUUUUUAAGUUAAGUUCGAGGGAUACUUUUUCAGACAUUACUUCUAUGAGGAAACAUUCAGUACCACAUAUUAUCCAUUACAAACCAGAAAAAGAGAUUCGACUAUUCACAGAAAAUGAUGAGAAAUUAAAAUUGUAUUCUUCUAUGGAGGAAAACUGUUCUGUUCCAUCUCAAAAGCUGCUUCUUACUUCUGAUCAAUAUGACCAUGCCAGGGCUUUAGAUCUAACUAAGAAAGAUUCAGACAUGACAUUUUUAUUUAAUAAACAUAAAAAACAGGAUUGGGACUCUGAAACUUCUUUCACUCUUUCCUCUCCAAUUCCUCCUCCUCCUCCUCCUCCUCCUCCUCCUCUUCCUCCUCGUCUUCUGGCUAAUUCCUCCUUUUCCCAAUCUUGUUCAGGCUUUGCCUUACAUGCUAGAACGCUUUCUACUCCUAGUUUUCUUUCUGCAAACUCUCCUUUUCCUCCUCCUUUAGUCCAACAAGGAGGUAAUGCUUGGGGGGCUCCUUAUUCUAAUUCUGAUCUUCCUCCUUUGUCUCCUUUUUCUUCUUCUCUUUCCUGUCCAACUCCUCUUUCUGCUUCUCUUUCUUGCUCUUCUUUUAUUUCUUGUCCUCCUCCUCCUCCUCCUCCUCUUUGUGGUGCUCCUGGAUUUAUUCCUAGGCCUCAUUUAGAUUUACUUGAGUUUCCAAGACCUGGGAUAAUGAAGAAGUCACUUUCAGUAUUUAAGGAGGGGUAUGAAUCCACUCCGGAUGUUGAUUAUGGGAACUUAUCACUUAGAAAAAAAAUGUACGGCAUUGAAUCAAAUCAUGGACAUAUUUUUGGAAUGAAAAAUGAUGAACAACUGCGAUGGCUCCGUCAGCCUCCGUUUUCUCCAUCCAGAGAUACUAGAAAAGAAAUAGUCUCUACAGCUUUCUCAUUUGCAGAGAAGAAUUCCAUAGUACAAGAUGUUACUCCAUCACUUGCUAAGAUACAAAAACAUCAGACUGAUGUGAUCCCCAGAGAAAAUUGGUUGAGGAGUAUUAAAGAGAAUUUGGUGUUUUGGACUCAGGUUUUUAAUCUUCAGAAUGAGGAAGGCUUUUGGAAACUUAACCAUGAACUUGGACUUAUUUUAAAACUGAAUGUGAAUGAUUUAAACACCUUUCUUGUGCAAAAAGGCAUUCAAUCCCUAGGUUCCAAAGGAAAAGAAGAUGUAUUACAGCUGAUUGCCACAUUUUUAGUGCUACAGCUCAUUCGAAUCAAGUUGGAGCUAGAAGGGAUCACAGUCAAGUCACUGUUGAAACUAGAUGACUCAGCUGAUUACAGACCUUGUGCCUGGGCCUGGAGUUUUGCUUCAGUAAAGAAAGCAGUGGAAUGGGUAAGAAGAACAGAAGCACAAUAUCCAUCUCUUUGCUCUAGGCUUGAAUUGGGUAAAGACUGGGAUUCUGCCACCAAACAGCUGUUGGGAAUUCAACCAAUAAGUACCAGAUCUCCUCUUCACAAAGUAUUUAAUUAUAAUCAAGGCUAAAGUUUGUCAAAUUGUAUUUGAUUUUUCAUGUUUGGGUUUGUAAAGUACUUACAUUGAAUAGAAACCGACUAAAAUAUGAUUUAAGUUAUGAUUAUAUUAAGUAUAUAAGCCAAGCAUUUGAAAAUUAGAUAAAACAAGAUAUUUCAUAAUAAGCAAAUGUUUUCUGUUGGCAAUAAAAAAGAAAUAAUUGUGAUAUAGAAAUUUAACUUACUUUGAUAUUUUGAUGUGAUUAAUUCUUUGUUUUGAAUGCUUAAAUGCUUAAUUGUAAGUAAACAUUUCAUGUUGUCACUAAAUUCAUCUAAAGGAAAUCAUUGUUUUCUGGUUAGGAAAGGAAUAUUGAAUAUAUUGUAUUUAGAAAUAAGAACCAUAAAAUUAAAACUUUUCGUUCUA